AUGGCUCGCUACGCCGUGGUCGCCGCCAUCGUGGCCCUCCUCGCCGUGACCGCGGCGGCGCAGGCCCCGGCCGCCACCCCGACGCCGGCGCCCAAGGCGGCGCCCAGGAUAGCCCCGCUGCCGCCUCCCCCGGCGCGGUCCCCGGCCACCGCCCCGGCGCCGGCCUCCAAGCCGCCCACCCCCGCCGCGUCGCCGUCCCCGCUGGCCUCUCCCCCGGCCCCGCCCACCGCCGAGGGCCCCGCGCCGUCCGCCGCGACGACCCCGACCUCCUCCGUCUCCUCCGCCCCGACCGGCGCCCCCACCGUCGCGCCCGCCGGCAGCGGCGGCGCCGCUUCACACGCCUCCGCCCUCGGCUUCGUCGCCGUCGCCGGCGCGGUCGCAGCCGCCGUCAUGUUCUAG